UUUACCUCGAGUAACCUAAAGAGCUACUUUUGUUGUCGCUGUUCCCUACACGGUAAGUACCUGCCUACCUACCUACUAGGUAUCUGUUCUGGUAUCUAAAUAUUCAAACCCAUAUCUUCUUCUCCUUUAUUUUCCCAUCUUAUUUACUUUUACUCUUCUUCUCACUUGCCAUUGUGAUCCCUAAUCCUCUCAAAUCUGGUGGGAUUAUUCUUAUCGAAAGGGCGUGUGCUUUGUCGAUUGAUUGACUGCCUAUCUCACUUAUUAUCCUCAUAAUAAUAAUAAUUAUAUCGAUCAAUCGAAAAAAGACUAGCAUUCAAACUAUAAUUGGGUGUGUAACUUCUUCAUCGAUAGAUUCAGAUCCAGCCACCUCUUGUACCUCUUUUUCUCGUGACGAGAACCUUUCCCCGAGGUGACCGAUUAGCCUCCUCAAACCUCUCAAACCUCUCAAACCUCUCAAACCUCUCAAACCUCUCAAACCUCUCAAACCUCUCAAACCUCUCACCUCACAUAAGGAACGAAGGAACGAAAGAACGAAUGAAUAGACGCUGUUUUACCUUUUCCUCGCAAACUUAAUUUCAAUCCCAUCUUAAACCGCCAUUUCAAUAUCUGGAGACUUCAAAAGAAAUCAUCAUCAAAACAUCAACAGAAGUAUUUCACAAAUUCAACCAGAUUUAAUAUUCAAAAAAUACCAAUACUCUCAAACCAACUCAUCAAGUAUAAAUUUCAUCCUCGGUAUGUCUUCUAUUUUCUAAUGUCUUAAUUUCCCCUCAAUUGUCGAUUCAACCUCGAUUGCCUCGAAAUUCGAUAUCCAAUUCAAACCUCAUCUUACACAUUAAACGAAACCCUCUCAAAUGUCCAUGAUACAAUGCUUCGAAGUCUCGUUGUCUUCUUUCAUCGUCCUACCCUGUCAUGACCUUCAAAACAUCUCUCAAGUCCUACGCCCCACAAAUCAUCUCCCUGCAUUAUAAAUUGUCCACGUUACUGAUGUUAAAGGCGCAUCCUAGAACCUGCCGCCAGUUAAUCUACCAGCUGGCUUCGUCAUAGCCUAGAAACUACGAAUACCCCUUACUGAUCUACGAUAUCUUCCUUCAUUCCCUUUCGAGUCCAUCUCUCAAGUCAGUAAAAAAAAGUUCCAAUUUUUUGUGGAAACCUCGACAUACAAGCCUUCGUCCAACCCACGCUUUCAGACCAAGAUCUAUAUACCCUAAUCUCCUCGGAGCUGGGUUUUGAUUCAUGACCACGAUGCCUCAAAGACUUCCUCGAAAUCCGUUUGCUAGUUCCAUCACAUCUGCGGUUAUUACACCGCAAUCCGACACACCUACCGCUCGUAGGGCGUCAACCUCGAAGGGUAACAGAUUGACCAGUUUCUUCACAUCUUCGCCGAAGAAUAAGGAACAACAAUCGGCCCAGGCCGCUCUUCUUUCUGCUGUUGCCGCGCAACAACAGCGACUUUUGGACAACCCAUCUCCCAGUCCAGCAUCAUUAUCUCUCCCAACGAUUUCUCUCUCGACUGCAAAGGGUGGUGAGGUGAACAUGGAUGAACCCCCCACCACUCUAUUUCAGCCACCUUCUGUCGCAGAAGCUAAACUACAAGCAAAGAGAGAGGCCCAAUUUGGACCAUUGAACCACCCAAGUCAUAAAUAUGUUAGCCAGCACCAUGGGGUCCUUGAGGACCCAAUUGAGGAUGAGCCACCAUACUACUACCUUCUCACAACAUACAUCAGUUAUUUGGUCUUGAUCAUAUUUGGACAUGUCCGAGAUUUCUUUGGAAAAAGAUUCAAGCCUGAAUCUUACCGACAUCUCACAGCUGCCGAUGGCUAUGCCGCUCUUAACAGUGACUUUGACAAUUUCUAUGUACGCAGAUUGAAGUUGCGUAUUGAUGAUUGUUUCGCUCGUCCAGUUACUGGCGUCCCGGGUAGAUACAUCACUCUCAUCGAUCGAAAGACUGAUGACUUCAACAAGAACUAUCAAUUUACCGGCACGUACACAGAAACUUUAAAUUUGAGUUCCUAUAACUACCUCGGAUUCGCCCAGUCAGAGGGACCAUGUGCAGAUGCAGUGGAAGAGACCAUUAAGAAGUACGGAAUUAGCACUGCAAGUCCUCGAGCCGAUGCCGGUACUUCCGAGUUGGCAUUGGAGGUUGAAGACAGAAUUGCCAAAUUUGUUGGCAAGCCUGCAGCAAUGGUAUUCUCAAUGGGUUUCGCUACAAACGCAACUGCUUUCCCUGCCUUGGUUGGAAAGGGUUCGCUCAUCAUUUCCGAUGAAUUGAAUCAUGCUUCUAUUCGUAUCGGUGCACGUCUUUCAAGAGCUAUGAUCAUGUCGUUCAAGCACAAUGAUAUGAAUGAUUUGGAAAGAUUACUCCGGGAAGUCAUUUCUCAAGGUCAACCUAGAACUCACCGACCAUGGAAAAAGAUCUUGGUUGUAGUUGAAGGUCUUUACUCCAUGGAAGGUACAAUGGUCAAUUUACCAGGAGUUUUGGCUCUUAAGAAGAAGUACAAGUUCAACCUCUUCGUCGAUGAGGCUCAUUCCAUUGGUGCUAUGGGUCCUCGCGGUCGUGGAGUGUGCGAUUAUUUCGGAAUUGAUCCUGCAGAGAUCGAUAUCCUCAUGGGUACUCUCACUAAAUCUUUUGGUGCUAACGGAGGCUAUAUCUCUGGAGAAAAAUACAUCAUCGACAAAUUGAGACAAACAAACGCAGCAACCAUAUUUGGUGAAUCACCUACCCCACCAGUCUUGAUGCAAAUUCUCAGCGCUUUGAAGAUUAUCUCUGGAGAAAUUGCGCCAGGUCAAGGUGAAGAGAGAUUACAGCGAAUUGCAUUUAACUCGAGAUAUCUCCGAUUAGGAUUGAAACGUCUCGGUUUCAUUGUGUACGGUCAUGACGAUUCUCCAAUUAUUCCAAUUGUUUUGUACAAUCCUGCUAAAAUGCCUGCUUUCUCUCAUGAAAUGCUUCGAAGAAAGAUUUCGGUUGUUAUUGUCGGCUAUCCUGCCACGCCACUUAUUUCUUCUCGUGCACGUUUCUGCGUUUCCGCAGCUCAUAACAAGGAUGAUAUGGAUCGUAUCUUGGCUGCUUGCGACGAAGUUGGAGAUGUUCUUCAACUCAAAUUCUCGACUGGUGUAGCAGGUGGAGCAGAGCAUUUACCUGAUGGUGUUACACCUGAAAUGGAAAAGGAAUGGCAAAAGGCAAAUGGUCUUCAAGGAGUUGUCAAACCCCCACGUUGGUCUUUGAGAGAAGUCAUCGCAAAUGGUGUUGCGGAUGUCAAGGAACCUUUACGAUGAUUGGGUUUACGAUACUCUAUGAUUACUGAUGUACAAUACGUUCUUGGCUGAUUUUAUUUUCUGUUUAUUGUCUUGGUGCGGUCUAUCGUUACGAUACCCAUUGCCAUGACCUUUUUGCAUUUUUUUUUCUUCUUCAUUUAUACAUCUUUUUCUUCUCUUCUAUGAUUCGGUUCUUGAGAUGACGAGCUUUUUUAUGAGGAACAUUUCUUGUGGGUAAUGAAUGGAAUCCACUAAUUGAUGGUGUUGGGGAAUAACAAAAACACUCGUUAUGGCGUAUAGACAAGAGCAUUGAUUUGAUACAGAUAAAUUUCUGGAAGGGGUCCGAGGUAGAAGUUGUGGACGACAGUUCGAGAGCAAAGUGGUAUGGAGUAGGAUUACCAUAAUAUUAAUAAAUAGAUGAUUAAAUGAAUGGGUAUGGAUUGAAUGGAUUCGAGUGUAUAUGAUUUGGAUGCAUGGGGUGGCAAGGGGAUGAAUGAACUGCAAGAGAAAAUGGUGGAAAACGAUGGAGGGGGAUGAAUUAGAUAGAUGGUGGGGAUCGAGAAUUGAGGAUUAUGAAUUGAAAAUCGAUGAUAUACUUUUUCUG